AUGCGGGUCGAGUCCGACGAUGACAGUCUUGACAAGGACUAUGACAUGCUCGAUUCCGACGUUGACGACGACGACUUUGAAGAGCAGUUUGGCGACACUCCAGCCUCAACUCCCCCAUCAUCAACGCUUCCUCGCUGUCGCCAGAAAACGCUAAAAUGCCCCUACGAGAACUGCGUCAAAGCUUUCAAUCGCAAAGUGAGGCUCGAAGAGCAUAUCCGUUCCCAUACAAACGAGCGCCCCUUCCAAUGCCCGCAUCCUCCCUGCAUGAAAGCUUUCUUCCGCGACAGCCACCUGAAACACCAUGUGAAAAGUCAACACAGCAACGUUAGAGAUUACAAGUGCACGUGGGAAGGAUGCGAGUCGAGUUUCACAACGGGGACGAGAUUGCGGCGUCAUAUUGAGACUCAUGAAGCAAAAGAGAGGUUCAGAUGCCGUGGGUAUCCUGGGUGCGACCAGACUUUUCGCAAACAAGAGACCCUGGAUCGACACAUAUUGUCUGUCCAUCACAACAUCAAACCUUUCCCUUGCAAGGAAUUGGAUUCAGUCACUGGUGCUCCUUGCAAGAAGGCCUACGACACAGCGGAGAACUUGCGUUGUCAUAUGCGAGCCAAGCAUGAUUCAACUCGGUUUUCUUGCUCUGAUUGUAUGGCACAAAAUGCAGCCAUUCUUGCCAACCCCGAUGAUGACAGGGAACCAAUUCGGGCAUCUUUUGCAACCUAUGGAGAACUCCAGGCCCAUCUUACCCUUGUCCACCCUCCAACCUGCCAAUAUUGCCCGACCUCAUUCACCACCAACAAGGAGUUGACGCGGCACCUUGAGAUCCAACAUGGGAUUCUGCCAGAGAAGAAAUCAAAAAACCCAGUCGUCUUUACAUGCACUGUCGAAGGAUGCGGUAAGGAGUUCACCAAAAAAGGAAAUCUCAAUGUCCAUAUCAAAACCGUUCAUGAGAACAAGCGUGACUUUGUGUGCGGCAAGACGGAAAUUUCACUCCCCGAAGAAGUCGCAGACCAACAAGACGCGGUUAUUCAUGGCUGCAACCGCAGCUUCACCAGCAAAGCCAGUCUCGAAGAGCACGUCCGUACCGCGCAUCUAGGACUGGAAUCAAAGCGAAUGCUUCGUGAGAAGAAGCGCAAGGCCGACCGUGGCAGUGAGGACGAACAGGCUGAUGAUAGCGAUGCUGGAGGUGUGCAGCUUAAGAAGCAGCGCAGGCCCCGCUCCGACAAGGGCGUCAAGCGGACAUCUGCCAUGGUUGGUCUUACUGGUGUGGCUGCUGGUCCGGCGCAAACAAAGCAAAAUCAACAUGAUUUCGUGAAUGAUCAGCGGAGGAUGAUUGACGAAGAUCAAGACACCUCUAAGAAGAACACUCUCCUCUCCGGCUCCAUGGUCAUCUGUGACGACCACAUCUGGCACAAUGGCACACCCUACCACUACCCAUCCGGGGAAUAUCCAACCCUCCUUUCACGAGAUUUCGCGCGGGCAAGCGUUCAAGAUGAGUCUCCUUUCGAAGACUUUGUUCAUGCCGAGAAGGUGGGUGUGGGUGCGCAGGGUGCCUGUGACGAGAGUGACCUGGACUUCUUUGGACAGUUCGAGCCAGAGACGGAACUUGGGCCCCAAAGAUUCGAGUAUCCUGCGCUUUGA